UGGGAGUGGUAUUCCCUUCCUUUCCCUUGGCCUCCACUCCACCUCUCCAGUCUCCACUUCCUCUCCUGCGCUACACAAACACAAGCCUAGGCCUAGAGGGUGGUGGAAGGGGAGCGUCGACCAAUUCGUCCCGCCCUCGCCGCGCCGCUGGCCUUGCGUGCCCCCCCCCGAUGGCGGCGGCGGCGAUCCACCAGUUCGCCGAGUGCAUCACCUGCCACGCCUGGAGCCCCGACCAGUCGAUGAUUGCCUUUUGUCCAAACAACCAUGAAGUACAUAUCUAUAAAUUCUUUACAGACAAGUGGGAGAAACUUCAUGUUCUGUCAAAGCAUGAUCAAAUAGUUUCGGGAAUAGACUGGAGUAAAUCAUCCAACAAAAUCGUAACAGUUUCACAUGAUAGAAAUUCAUAUGUUUGGACACAAGAAGGAUCUGAUUGGGUACCUACCCUGGUUAUUCUAAAGUUAAAUCGUGCAGCUUUAUGUGUUCAGUGGAGCCCAAAAGAAAACAAGUUCGCCGUGGGAAGUGGUGCCAAAUCUGUGUGUGUUUGCUACUAUGAACAAGAAAACAACUGGUGGAUUAGCAAGGUUAUCAGGAAAAGGCAUGAAUCUUCUGUCACUAGUCUAGCAUGGCAUCCAAACAAUAUAUAUCUUGCAACAACUUCUACAGAUGGUAAAUGCAGAGUGUUCUCUACUUUUAUCAAGGGUGUAGACAAAAGGGGAACACAAUCGAGCACUUCAACUGAUUCAAAAUUCGGAGAGCAAAUUGCUCAGCUUGAUCUAUCAUCUACUUGGGUAUUUGGUGUAAGGUGGUCACCAAGUGGGAAGACAUUGGCCUAUGCAGGGCACAACUCCAUGGUUUAUUUCAUUGAUGAAGUCGAAUCGUCUCCUGCAGCACAAAAUUUGGUGCUGCGUGAUCUGCCUCUCCGUGAUGUUCUUUUUGUCUCUGAGCGCACAUUGAUUGGUGUUGGAUUUGACUGCAAUCCUAUGAUCUUUGCUGCUGAUGAUACUGGGCUUUGGAGUUUCAUAAGAUUCUUGGAUGAGAGGAAAGUUGCCCCAUCAGCUUCAAAAGCCUCACAGCUCUCUGAAGCCCUUGGAAAGCUAUAUGGCCAAUCAAAGCAAGGGACUAGUAGCGACACCGUGGAACCAUCAAAACCUCGUGGUGGGGCCCAUGAGAAUUGCAUAACGUGUAUUGUACCCUUGAUAAAAGGAAGCGACGGUACUAUCAAACAAUUCAGCACGUCAGGAUUGGACGGUAAAAUCGUGGUAUGGGAUUUGGAAAAUCACAUCAUCAUUGCAAAAUAGCUCGAGGGAAGGCUUCGUUACCAAUCAAAUCAAGGGAACUUCUGUCAUUACCCAUCGUACUCAGGGGACCAUUCUUGGCAGCGGGGUCCUGCAGGUUUUCAAGAUCCAGGGCCAGCCAGGUAGAUUGCUUUUUUAUUUUGUUGUACCUGUACACAGAAAAAUUGCCUUAGCGUAGGGGACAGCUUGCAUCUAUCAAGUAGAUUCAUUUUUGGCGAGUAAUUUUGUCCUUUGAAUUGAGUCCAUAUAUAUUGUGUAACCUGUAUAAUUUUAGCUAGGUAGGCAAUUGACGUGAUCCAGCGUUUUUUCUUUCCGGCACCCUGUGUAAAAUAACCACACGUGGAAUUCAUCCGCGAAUGCUUUACUGGGACUUGUGGGCACCUCGUUUCUUCUGC